AUGGUAUCUCAAGGUCCGAGUGAAACUAAUGUCGACAUUCGAUCGGGCCACGGACGCGCCAACCAAACCCUUUUCAAGGGACAGGACCUUGACAAUGGCCGUGAUGGUCCCGAACAGAGCCUUGAUAUCGGAGAGAGGAGACCGCUAUUGGACGAUACGAAAGAACAAGUUCAAGGACAACUCGAAGGCAGAUGUUACUUUCCAAAGCGUUAUGAAGUUCUCUUCCUUGCUUUCUUGGGCGCUGGCAUGAUGUAUGCGAUGCGCGUCAACGUCAGUGUUACCAUUGCAGUGAUGACGAACGCCACUUUUACAACGAGAGCAGAGGGGCAGAAUCAAACAGUAGAAACAUGCUGGUCUCCAAACAGUACAAACGGAGAUGAAUAUAGCCAGGAUGAGGGGGAGUUCUUAUGGUCUAGUCAUGAACAGGAACUCAUCCUAGCUGGAUUUAACUAUGGGUACACGGUCGCUCAGAUACCUGCAGGCUGGCUGACGGAUAAGAUCGGAGGCACUCGGGUUUUGGGAAUAUCUAUGCUCAUUUCGGCCGUCGUCAGUCUGCUCAGCCCAAAGGCAGCCGAACUGGGCUCCUCGUACUUUCUUGCUGUCAGAGUCAUGUGUGGUAUCGGUGAGGCUGGUACUAACCCAGCGCUGGGCUCCAUGGUUGCACGUUGGUUUCCUCCGCAAGACUUCUCAGCAGCCUUUGCAAUUGCAAUAUCGAGUUCUAAGUUUGGGCCUUUUAUUGGAACUGUAAUAUCUGGUCUUGUGUCCAGUUCAGAUGUGCUUGGUGGAUGGCCGUUGACGUAUUAUAUCUUUGGUGGAUUAACGCUUUUGUUAGUUUUGGUAUGGAUUGUCCGUAUUUACGAGACGCCAGGUCGCCAUCCCAGGAUAUCAGCUAAAGAAAAGCAGUAUCUUUCAUCAACCGUUAUCACUAAGGAGGUGAAAAAGGGAAACAUGUCCACAGAGAAGAUCAAUAUUCCAAUCGUCGCCAUGUUAACGUCUAUUCCUGUUUGGGCCAUGAUCUUGACGUCUUUUGGCGCGUCUUGGACCAAUCAGGUGCUAUUCACGAAUCAACCUAUCUACCUCAAGCAUGUUCAAGGAAUGGAUAUUGAACUGAUUGGUGUCACAGCUGCCAUUCCUCACCUAAUGGAGUUCUUUACUUUGGUACUGAGUGGCAUGAUCAGUAACAGACUCAUAGAUAAAGAGAUCUUGAGUGUGGUAGCUACAAGGAAAUUGCUGACUUUCAUAGGGUUGACUUUGUCUUCAAUGUUUUACCUCCUACUUGCAUUCGUUGGUUGCAACACCGCACUCUCCGUUCUGUUCAUGAUAGGCGCAGUUGGCUGCAAUGGGAUUUGCAUGUCCGGAUUCUAUGUCAACUUGAUGGACAUAGCUCCCAGACUCGCAGGAAGUCUGAUCGGGCUGGUCAACUCUGCGUCAGCCCUUGCUGGAGGUCUUAGCCCGUACGUCAUCGGUGUUCUUACUCCAAAUCAGUCUGACAUUAAAGGUUGGCAAACAGUUUUCUUCAUCUGCGUUGGAAUCAAUUUACUGGCGUGUUUAAUUUUCAUGAUCUUCGGAUCCGGAGACGAGCAGAGUUGGGCCAGGGAAGCCGGAAGGAACAAGCAAGAAAACUUAUGAUUUUUUUUCGCUAUUCGGGAUUUCACAACAUAAAUAA